AACUCUAAGCUAGCAUUUGUCGUUGAAAUCUGACGCACUCUAUAACAUAGGGCCAGCUGAUGGAAAGAAAGGGAAACGUGCUCGACAGCCUGAAGAAGGACCAUCCGACGGAAUCACUCCCAAGAAGCCAGAAGUUAAGAAGCGGACCAAAAACUCACAUCUAUCAAAAGUCAGCAACCCGGACAUCCCGAUCUUACAGGAUCCGUCGCCUAUGGAUGAAACUCCCUCCACAACCCGUCCCACAUCGCCCAUCCCACAUCAGGAAGGCCCUACAAUCGGCCCCAAGAACCUCCACACAGGCCAGACCGUCGCCGCGUCCUUCACAAUCCAAGAAUCGGGUGGACCACGCGCCGUAGUAUACUCCGUCCGCCUCGACUCAUACGACCCCAUCAAAGGGACAUACCGCAUAAGCGAUCCCGAUCCCGACCCGAUAUCUUUGGAAAGCGAAUGGGACGUGUCGCCGGACGAUAUAGUGGACUAUAUCGCACCGCGCCAAGACGCGCUAGAGGUCGGGACCAUGGUGUACGCGCUGUUCAACCUGGCACGGGUUGGUAAAAGGCGAGAGAUGUCCACUGAGUUUUAUACGGCGGAAAUCAAGAAAGUUCUUUCGGAGGGAAGGAAAGGCCUCAGAUACUACGUGCAUUACCCUGACGAGCCCGGAAACUUAUCCGUCGUCUAUCCUGGCGAGAUAUUCCCGAUGAGCGAGGGAAAGUGGAGCAAAUCGAUUCAGUGAGCGCGAAGCAUGUCUCGAGGGCGUCCGAUGGUCAAGCCGCAUAGAGGCAUAACGGGGUAGAAGCGCUCGCACCUUUGGCGAACACAGAAUUUGGGUCGUAUCGCUCACCGCCUCUGCACCGGCGUA